CAUCUGAUUUACGUACCUUGUCUUGAGCCUCAAUUUUGGGGGAGUUUGUGUUUCCCCGCGCUCCAGUUUCCUCCAGAAAUAGCAUUAUAACUAUUCCAAAGGUCGUUUUGCCAACACAUCGAUCUCAUUGUUCCUCUCCAGGAUCAUGGAGUCCAAAGGCACCGAAGCCAUUGAUUUAAACCCAUCACUGGUGCCCACGUCGUUGGCAACCAAGACGCCCUCACCUCCAAUUGGUCGCUCUGCCUGAAUUAUGCCGACUAUCUUCGGCUUCGUCCGAGGCGUGUAUCAUUAAUGGCAUGCUGAUGGACAUGGUUCUCUGCAUGCACUGAAGCCAUGCACGGCUGCACUGCAUUCCCAAUGAUUUCAGUGUGUUAUCGUUCAUCACGUCGCUGAUGUGUUUGAAGGGUGAUAACGAAUAGGAAGCAUCAUUGACCGAUGGAUGGUUCAUAUGAGGUUGUCGACGGGCCGGUCCUUCGUGGGAGAGGGUGUUCGUGCUGACGCUCAAACUUGGCGUGUUGGGUAAAGGUUAAGAAGCUCGAAUUUCCGGUUUCUUUGUUCUUCACUGUCCAUCCUUCCUUUGACUGCCCUUGUCACAACAGAUCGAAGUCCUGCGCUGCAUCUCAUUUCUUAUCGUCCAUUGUCCUAUCUUCUCCCUGUUUGUCUAUACCAGUCACUACUCGUGUUAGCACCUCAAUGCCAACUUGACACACGUGCGUUUCCAUCACAAACAGCUCCCACUCUUCUUGGCCAGUUGACCAUACCUUGUGCCUUUGCUGCCUUCCUCGUGAAAAUGGGGGACCUCGCCAAUGAUAUAAAUGGCUUCAUAAGUCAGCAUAACGCGAUGAGAGGGCAACGCCAUACACAGAACGCUACCCCUGCCAUGAUCCCGAGUUAUUAUGCGCCAAGCUUGAUGCUCUCAGUGAGAGAUAACAAUGACACCCUUACUCAGAGCAUCAGCAUGUCAACCGCUAGCAGCUCGACAUUCAUGUCUUCCUGCUUUGACAGACCUACUCCUCAGACCUCUUCGGUAUACACAGAACCUCCUCCAGUUGCCUCAUUACCGGAACCGCAGCCAUAUGUAACUCCGUCCUUUCUCACAUGCGAGUUCCUCGGCUUUGGGGACUGCGAUGUCGUGUUCGACCUGAACGAUGAAUCCCGCUGGAUUGCACACAUUGCGGACUUCCACCUUCGCAACAUCUUCCCAACAGUGUGUAUCUGCUGGUUCUGUGACCGUACAUUCAGAGCAUCCUCCCACAACCAAGCAGACGCUGAGACUUGCUAUCGGAAGCGCAUGCAUCAUAUUGCAAAGCACUUUCGCAACAACGGUCUUUCCGGGCGGCAGAUGCGCCCAGAUUUCUUUCUUCUUGAUCACUUAUACCAGAACCGGCUGAUCAAUGAGGAAAUGUAUCAGAGAGCGAGGGACUAUCACGAAGCCUCUCAGGUCCAGGUUCGGAACUUGUACCCUGCUGGAUGGAGGCCAGAUCACUAUCGUCAGGAGCCGGCGGUGGUGGAAGCCAGUCGGUCAAGGCAUCGGGGGUCGUCGACUCGAAAUCGUGCGCCGCAGGGUUACUAUCGAUGAGCGGACAGGCCUGUCACUCGACGAGGCCUUCGAUGGCUCUAAACCCCUCAAAUUUCGUGACUCCAAGCAUGGCUAAGUAUCAGGAAAGAAUCUGACGUCGUGCAUGACUUUAUCUCUUUUCUCCUUGUGCUCUCGUUGGUUGAUUCGUGACAUUGUGAGGAGGAGGCUUUGUCGUCCCGUUGUCUGGCCAGAGUAUCAGCUCGGAACAUCAGCAUUUUGGAAUAUUUUCUGGUGGAAAUGGAAUCGCAGAUCUGAAUACAAGAGUUCUGCAGCUUCAAGUCAACAAACAUUCGUUGUCUGGGUGCGAGGAUGUUGAUGGCUUGUGGGGAUCAGGAACAUGUUGUAAGGAGCACAGGGCUUGAUUUGAUAGUGGCGGGUGAUGGCAGAUAUUUAACACCAAACUCCACACAAGGAAAUUAGUUGAACGACUAAGAUUGAAAAUGAAAACUAAUGUGAAAAGGAGUCGUGAAACUAGGCAGUGAAGAUGCGUGAAUGAGCGUGGCGAUGCCUUCCCACACUAUGAUUGGAC